AUGAAUGUCGAUCUAUUCUGUUUGCCUCUGAAAGGCGGCGUCGACUCGAUCGCGCCUGGAAUUGUGCAGUAUCUCGUUCCCGCUGCACCCGCCGAACCGCUCGUGUCCCAUAUCCGUCUUGUCGACAAGUAUUCUGUCAAUCCACCAACCACCUAUCUCAGCAAAAUCUUCCAGGACCGUCUCCGCGAGCGCAAAGACUAUAUCGAAUAUCGUCAGGGAAACCUUCAGAAUCCCGGCGUCAUCGACAAGGUCUACGACGACCCUGCACCCGACGGACGACCGUACACCUAUGUGAUUGACAUUGCUGGUAAUCUCGCCUACAAUCUCCCGCCAGAGGUUCACAUCCAGCAUACCUUCCGUGUUGCCGUCGCCCUGGCAAAGGCCGCUGCCAAGCGUCCGCACAUUCAGUCCUACAUCCGUAUGGUUGACUUUAAGAAAAAGUGGAAAGAGAGCGAAGAAAAGGGCUGGAGACCUUGGGGAGCUAGAGGAACGUGGUGGCUCGAGGCCGCGAGAGCGGUGGCUUCGAUUCCGAACCUGCCCUUGGUCGUCAUUCGAUGCGCCACGGUAUACGGACCAGAGAUUAUUCGACUAGAAGCCUGCAUUACGAUUCUUUGUGGGCUCAUCUACAAGAGCAUCGACAAGGAGAUGAAGUUUUUGUGGAACCCACGCAUGCGCAAGAAUACGAUUCACAUCUACGACCUUGCCGGUGCCAUCUGGGCGUGUGCCCAAUGGAUUGCCGACAAGGACCGUGCGACGGCAAACGCGCUCGCCGGCGACAUUCUCCCACCCUCUGGCGACAAGGACGUACCGAACGUACCCGAUGCCGUACCAAAAUCUGCAGGCGGCAUCCUCGUCCCGUGCUUUAACAUUACCGACGACGGUGAUACGACACAAGAGACGAUGAACAAUGCCGUCGGCAGGUUGUUUGGAAUCAAGGUCGGAUUCCAUGGAACGAUUACGAAUGUGAUUAGUGGGAUGCGUAUGCGGGAUGUUGCCGAGGACGUCAACGAGUCCCAUAUGCAAGAAUGGGGAAAGAUUAUCCAGAUGGCGAACCCGCCUGUUCCGCGAACGCCACUCUCACCCUAUGUCGACUUGCACAUUCUCGACGAGCACGGGAUUGCGAUGGACAACGAAAAGUUGAAACGGAUUGUUGGAUACAAGAUGACAUAUCCUUCCUUUUGCGAGGAUACUAUCCGCCAGUUUAUCAACUGGGCCCGUUCCGAGGGUAUCUGGCCCGAGACGGAAUUCUCGGCGCAUAUCCAGUAA